AGCGUUCCACGUGAUCGCACCAAAGCUCUGUCCAUUGGUAUUGGCUCUUUUGUGUUUGGUUUGUCCAUCGGACCAGCUCUGCAGGCACUAUUCACUCCACUUGGGCGCACUGGCUUCCAUGCGGGCACUGUUGUCUUCAAUAUGUACACAGUGCCCGCAUUUCUGAUGGUUAUCGUAUCUAUUGCUUCAAUCAUAUUGCUCUAUACGGUUUUCAAAGAACAAUAUUCCGGCAUCUUGCGAUCCGACAAAUGCGGUACCAUACGGCACACUUACACAUUUGCAAUCGUUUAA